AUGCGUAACAACUUAAAAGGAAGCAUUCCCUUUGAAUUUAUUUACUCAGAGGCGGAAUCCAGCUCCGAAGAUGAACCUGUUGAAAAGCCUAUUUCUUGUCCAAGUGUUUCUCACCCGACUAAGCUAACGGAUAGUGACGAAGAAGGAAUAUACACUACUUUAAGUGAGGAAAGCGUGAAUAGUGAUCAAAGCAUGACAUCUGAACCGUCUUAUUUUAGUGUCGAAAGUGACAGCAGUACUGUUGAAAAUAUUGGAUUUCUUGAAUCUAGUGAAUCAUCUAAAAUCGAUUUAGAACGAGAUUUUGAAAAGUCCUCAGGACAAGAUUUUGAUAAGUCUCAAGAAGCUCCACAAUCAAAAGAUCACAAGUCAUUACCAAAUAGAUUAACGACCAAUAAAUUUUCAAUAUUAUCUACGGUAUAUGACAAACCUUGUAUUGGAAACGAAAAUUCAAUGGAAAUGGAAAAUUCAAUUCAACUCUUUUGUACAAAUCCUGGGUGUCGAGAAGUUUUUGCUUGCGAAGAGGAUCUGCGGAAUCAUCUGCUUUCACAAUAUAAUCCUACAAAAUGUCGAAAUGUGAUAUCUCAACAAUCCAAUUCCAAUAUAGUGGAUACGAACGCGAAUAAAUUAGAUUCAUAUAAAAGGUUUGAACGCAAUAAACACAUGAGAAAUGAACAAAAGAAUGAUUCCUGCAAUAGACAACGAUGUAGUGUAAAUUUUUUAACGAGAAAUAUUCAUAGAAAUAGUCCAAACACGACUCGUGAUGAACUUCAACAUGGAAAAUAUUUUACUUCAGGAAGUCAUUUAAAUGGAUACGAUGUCUACAAUCACUCAGAGUCCUCGGAAGAUAAUAACAAUAAGCACUUUAUUUUUAGAGGGCAAACAUAUAAUCAUGAUUCCUCCGAUAAUGUUUUGAAAACAUAUUCAAAUCGUUUUCAACCGAUUAGAUAUGAUAAACAAAAAUGUAAAAAUAAGGAAUUUACCACUGGACCUAUAAAUAAUCUUGAUCCACGUUAUAUACGUGAAGAAAAAGGAUAUGAUCAGAAGUUUAGAACCGAAAAGGAACUGAAAAAUCAAGUAUCAUAUAAUUGCAAAGAACAUAGAUUUAAACAACGUUUUAUAUAUGAAAGCGGCCGAACUAUUCACCUUACCAAGGAUCAUCCACGCAUUAGCAAGGUUUAUAAUAGACGUUUUACGCAAGAUGCAACAGAAAAGCCAUGA